AUGAGCGUACUUGCGGCCGAAGAAGACAUGGCUACCCCGACCCGUGCCUCCGUCCUUAUCGCAAAUCUAUCCUCGGUCUACAAACGGAUCGCUUCAGCAUCUGCAAGAUGUAGCCAUGAUGAGACCAGUUCUGGCUCCAAGACCGCCGCUGCCAGCAGUGAUAGUAACGGCCCUACCGUCCCCGUCCGCCUUGUCGCGGUGUCCAAACUGAAACCGGCGUCUGAUAUCCUCGCCCUCCACAACCCGCCCACAUCCCACGUUCACUUCGGAGAAAAUUAUAUGCAGGAGCUGCUCGAGAAAUCCAAAGCCCUCACGCCCGAGAUUAGGUGGCAUUUUAUCGGCGGACUGCAGUCAAAUAAAUGUGUCACCCUUGCGAGGGAGGUACGGGGUCUAUGGGCGGUUGAGAGCGUGGAUACAGAGAAAAAGGCUUCGUUGCUGGAUAAGGGCUGGGGCGAGAGGCCAGAAUUCAAGGAUAAAGGCACCGGUGGCGACGAUGGUGUCAGUGAGUCCAGAGCCAGGAAGCUACGAGUAUUUGUACAGGUUAAUACAUCUGGGGAGGAGAGUAAAUCAGGCGUAGAGCCCGGCGAGCCUACAGUGGAACUCUGUCGUUUUAUCAGAGAGAAAUGUCCUCGGCUGAAGCUCCAGGGUUUAAUGACUAUUGGAGCCAUUGCACGCUCUAAAGCGACCACGCCGGAGAAUGAGAAUGAAGACUUUGCCUGUCUACGAGAUACGAGGGAUCUGGUCAUGGAGAAGCUAUCGUUGGAAGGCGAUGAUACGUUAGAAUUAAGCAUGGGCAUGAGUAACGAUUUUGAAGGUGCGAUUGCAAUGGGCAGCAACCAGGUCAGAGUCGGAAGCACUAUAUUUGGCGCUCGGCCACCAAAGGGGGAGGCAAAGUGA